AUGUUAAAGGGCUGUUUAUUUAAUUAUAAACCAUGCUUAGAAGAAGAUUUCAUUUCGUUUACGUCUCCAAACUAUGGUCCAUGCUAUAUAUUCAAUGCAAAAUUAAAAAAUAGUACGGAUGACAAUGUACGUUAUACUAAUCAGUAUGGUCAAUAUGGUGUACCUAGUUUAGUUCUUUAUGUACACAGUCAUCAAUGUAUACCUUAUACGACAGAUUCCGCUGGUGUAGUAGUUAUUAUUCAUGAUAAUACACAAUUACCAAUGAUUGAAACGUCUGAUAUUGAAUUAGCACCAGGAAAAAGACAUCGAUUAAACUAUAAGAAAAAGAAAUCAAAUUUUUUUUCUUCUCCAUAUUCAACUUGCGCAAAUCAACCUUCAUCCGUCAUCAUGGAUAUGUUUGAAAAUUAUAAUGAUGCUGACUAUGGCUAUUCACGCAUGAUCUGUAGGGGACUUUGUCUCAUGGUACUACAAUAUCGAAUGUUGUUUCUCUCAUUGCUGGUAUGGAGUGGGAGAGGUAUGUACGUGAUUGAACACAUACAACUUGAUAAUCCUUGGUGA